CCUAAUUCAUUGCUUGGACAUGUUCUUGACCUGGCCACAAUUGGCUCAACAUAACCAGGAGUCGUAUAAUUGCACUUCCUCGGGAUAAACCCUCGUGCAAGUCAUCCUCCUUAAACAACAUAAUAUCACCAGGGAAUAUAUAUUUCCCCCACUUGUGAAUCCAAAUACAACCACAAUAUCUCAUCAUGUCAAAACACCUGAUCGAACAACCAUGAAGUCAUAUCAACAGUUAAGCCACAAAUGGCAACAUGUAUGCAAUCAUUAGCAUAAACAAGGUCCAUAUCAACUAGGGCAAGUCAAUAAUAUCAUACAGCAGACAAGGGUUCAACAUAUAGCACAAAAGUUCAUACACCCCUAAUCAUGCCAUUCUAGUUCACCUAGGUCAAUUCUAAGCAUCAAUAUAAUUAUCGUGAUAUGACAAACCCGGUAUGCCGUGCUAAUCCCUCACCAGUUCUGGUCGUUCAAACACCGGUUUAACCUUCCCGUACUAAAACGUCAAUUUCACGAACGAACCCCGAAUUCAAAUCCGAGACCGUCCUAAUAUCUCCUGCAGUAUCCCCGUCAAUAUUAGUUCUAGGCUCCGGGUCAAAUUCUCGAUAAAAACACAUCAAACCCUGGCCGGAGCUAAAUUCAGCGAUCUCGGCUCUGAUCUAAAUAAUGGCCCAAAUUCAGGGAUUAGAACUAGGGAAUUGAUUACCUCGCUGCAGGAAGCUCGUAUAUGAAAUUUGGGCUCAAUCCGGCUUCGGGAUACUCCGAAACCCUAAUUUUGCUUAUUGGGAAUUCAAGAAAUUCCUGAAUCAAAAACUCGUUGUAAAGCUCUAAAUCAAUAAAUCACGAUGUAUAGAUGAAUUAGGCAUUACUUACGGGAUUUUUGGAUCAGUGUAGCUCAAGAAUUGAGCUUUGGAAUUUUCCCCUGCGAUGCCCUGUGCCCCUCUGCUUCUCGGUCCAGAAAAAUGUAACUAAGGAAGAUUGAUCGAGAUAAUGGACCGGGGGGAAAAGUUUAUAUAUAUAUGCAGCCCGGAAUUAUUUAUAUAUAUAUAUAUAAUAUAUUUAAUAUAUAAUUAAUACGUAUACUUAUCCGAUCGAUCGAUAAUCCGAUUUUCGACGAAAUACUAUCAAAACGCUCGUUUUUAAAUCGUGAACUUUCUAGCGAUCGAAAUAUGGGUUUUGCCGGAAUGGGAUGUUACAGUUUCCUCUAUAAAAUUGAUAGAAUAUAAGGUUGUACCAGUCCCUGAGAGACAAUACCUGGACUUUCCGGUUUACUACAAGAUAGGAAUUAAAGCUAUACGUUUUUGCCCUACCAUUUUCUCAGCACAAAAUUAAUUCACUUUGAUUUCGUCAAAUAUUUUCUUGCUCGGUUUCCAGCGAUACUUACGAAACUCCUCAUAUUCCUCUUCUGUUCACUCAAGGAGUUUCCUUCUUUAUGCACUUGGAGUGUAUAAAAUGAUGGUAACCCUUCGUAUGCUCUUCACAGCCCGCUCUCCCCUCAUUUCAAAAAUUCGAUGGUGAACCCUAAUGCUCAGUCGCAGUCCCAUGUCUUGUUCAAGAACCUGAGGCUUUCGUAAUGCUGCGAUUUACUCUAGGUAUCUUCGCAGCUUUCACCAUCGCCCCUUGUACCCCUCAUUCUCAAUCCAUCCUUCCACUUUCUCCAAAUACGACAUGAACAUUCUUGCCUACCUUCACCGGUUGGGUUGGGACUCCUUGGUUGAAAAAUUGCGAUUCAGCCAAUGUCCUGAGUUUGUUUGCUUGUUCUAUGUCAAUCUUCGUUGCGGUCCUAGAAGUGACCCUUCCUUUUUCACUACCUUGGUCUAUGAUUAUGAGAUCAAGGUUACGCCUGCACUGCUGGCGUCGGUUCACGAUCUUCUUCAUGCUAGACUUCAGGCUGGUACGGAUAGGGAGUUUGUCAACCUCGGCUUUCGGUUUCCGUCAAAACUUGUCGCUGGCAGGUUGCAUGACGAUCUCAAGGUCCUGUUUUUCUUCCUCACACGUUGGUUUCUACCUCGUGAUUCAGCCAGUACUGACCUCGUCCAUUCUGCUGAUCUCUGGGUUCUGUCUAAUGCGCGUAUUGGUCGUCGCGUUAGCUAUGCUUCCCUUAUGUUCCACCACAUGAUCAAAUUCGACAUUGAAUAUUAUGGUGGUCCAUUGCCUUUCGGUCCACAUAUCAUUAGACUUUUGUAUCGCUUGGGCAUUGACCUGCGUGACAAAGUCAUUGUCUGUGAUGUUUUGGAUGAUCUGCGUCCUCAACAUGUGCUGGCCCGUCUCGAUGCGCUGGUUGGACUCCGUAAGCCUGUCACUAGCUUAGGGGGAGUGAGAAACCAACAACUACAACUAGAUUCUUCCUUGGCACUUGUUAAUGCAGCUGCUGCUGCGUUUAAACAAGAGGCUCGUUCCCGAUGUGGUCCGAAAAGGAAGUUGUUGCUUGAAAAGGACUUAAUGCUGCCAAAGUUUGUGUAUUAGUCAAGUCAAAUCAGUGAUCCGAUUAGUCCAUACUUUGACUUUGGUGACGAGGACAAGGUUUCAAGUUAUGCUUCUCCUCCAAAUUAUCAUUCCUGAAGAAAAGCAAAAUUUUGAGAGUAGUUUUUGAGUUUUAGGUUGUAAGGGUUGGAAUAAAGAUGUGUUUGCAUU